AUGAUGCUUAGUGUAAUCCUCCUCCUGGCGGUCCUCACAGGACUGUUGUUCCUCAUGGCCAGGGACCGGACAAAGUCUCAUGGACGUCUCCCUCCAGGUCCCCGGCCCCUGCCCUUCUUGGGGAACCUCCUGCAGAUGGACAGAAAAGGCCUCCUCCAAUCCUUCCUGAAGAUUCGAGACCAGUAUGGGGAUGUCUUCACUGUGUACCUGGGACCAAGGCCCGUGGUCAUGCUCUGUGGGACAGAAGCCAUCCGGGAGGCUCUGGUGGACCAUGCUGAUGCCUUCUCUGGCCGGGGGAGAAUCGCUGUGAUUGAGUCAAUAUCCCAGGGAUAUGGUGUAAUCUUUGCUAAUGGUGAACGUUGGAAGGUCCUUCGGCGAUUCUCUCUGGCCACCAUGAGGAACUUUGGGAUGGGAAAGCGGAGCGUGGAGGAACGGAUCCAGGAGGAGGCUCAGUGUCUGGUGGAGGAGCUGCGGAACACCAAGGGAGCCCUCAAGGAUCCCACAUUCUUCUUCCACUCCAUCACCGCUAACAUCAUCUGCUCCAUCGUCUUUGGGGAACGUUUCUCCUACCGAGAUCCAGAGUUCCUGCAUCUGUUGGAUGUGUUCUUCCAAACCUUUGCUCUCAUCAGCUCCUUCUCCAGCCAGGUGUUUGAGCUCUUUUCUGGCUUCUUGAAGUACUUCCCUGGCUCCCACAGGCAGAUCUAUGAAAACUCACUACUUAUCAUAGACUUCAUCAACCGCAAUGUGGAGAAGCACCGCGAGACUCUGGACUGCACCGCUCCCCGAGACUUCAUUGAUGCCUACCUGAUCCGCAUGGACAAAGAGAAAUCCGAUCCCAAUUCUGAGUUCCACCAUCAGAACCUCAUCAUCAGUGUGCUCUCGCUCUUCUUCGCUGGCACGGAGUCCACCAGCACCACACUCCGUUAUGGAUUCCUGCUCCUGCUCAAAUACCCCCAAAUCACAGAGAGAGUCCAGAAAGAGAUUGACCAGGUGAUUGGCUCAUACCGUGCUCCUGCCCUUAAUGACCGAGCCAACAUGCCAUACACGGAUGCUGUCAUCCACGAGAUUCAGAGAUUUGCAGACCUGCUUCCCAAUAGUUUGCCUCACAUUGUCACCAAGGACACACACUUCCGAGGGUAUCUCAUCCCGAAGGGCACUGAAGUGUAUCCCAUUUUGAACUCUGCUCUCAAUGACCCACAUUACUUCGAGAAACCAGAAACCUUCAACCCUGACCAUUUUCUGGAUGCCAAUGGGGCAUUGAAGAAGAAUGACGCAUUCAUGCCCUUUUCUAUAGGGAAGCGCAUUUGUCUUGGAGAAGGCAUCGCCCGUGCAGAAUUAUUCCUCUUCUUCACCACCGUCCUGCAGAACUUCAAUGUGACCACCAACAUGACCCCUGAGGAUAUCGACAUCACCCCCAUGGAGUGUGGUGUGGGAAAACUGCCUCAACCAUAUAAGAUCCGAUUCCUGCCCCGCUAG